AAGUGUCGCCACCUCCGAGACAGUCGUGCGCCGGUCGGGCCGCGAGGACGUCGGAAGAUGUCCGCUUUGGUCGCGCUCUCGGCAAUUGAAUGGCAGCCGCGGCUUGUUUUCGCACUGAAGAAAUGUGAAAGGCUGUGCGCGGGCGGGCGGGCGCGCGCGCGCCCGUCCGUCCGUCCGCGCGCCUGCCUUUUGUCAAAAAGCCCAACGUGAAAGCCAUCAACCCAAAGGGACGGCCUCUCGUCCGGUGUCACACGGAAUCGCACCCGCGGCUGUUCAGCGAGUUUCUGCGUGGACGCAAGCGCGGCGCGGCGCGGCGCCGCUUUAAAUCCCCGGGCAAACUAGCUCCCUUUUUAGCACGUUAGCUCGAGCUAGCCGGAGAGCGGACAUGACCGCCGCCUCCGCCAGCACCGUCUCCCUCCGCCUCCAAGCCCUCGCCCCCCCCGCCCCCACCCUGCAGUCGGCCGGCUUAAACGACCGCCGGCCCAGCGCCGUUUGGCCGUCGGCGCGGAUGGAACAGCUCAAAAGUGGGGGAAGAAAGAAGGGAGCCACGGAGCGAGCUAAAGUUAGCCACGCUAGCGCCCGACCUGACAUGGCGACGUGACUCAGUGCGAAAGGGACGGGGACGGGGAGCUCCUGGUCCGGUCCACGGUCAAAGGACCCGCUACUGGCUGCCACGCUCUUUUCGUCGGAAUCUUGCUAUUUAAGUCAAGGGGAGCGGACAUAUUUGUUCUGAAUCAACCAAGAGGGGGGAGGGGGGUGUCCCGACUCCGCAGCUCACUCAACAGAGUUUCUUUUUAUUUACGUUCUUACCUCGGCCAUUGGAGUCCUCUUCUGGGUUGACCAAUGAAAAGUCCACCACUGGACUGGAGACCGUUCGGAUCUGGAAUCAAGUGGAAGAGAAGAGUCCAGUCGCCUCCAUUUAACCUUUGCGGAUUAUCCUGACCUGGAAGGCCGAGGUCACUGGACUCUUCCAUCGUCCGACGAGAAUGCUAAGAAUCCCCAAGAUUUGAGUCUGGAAUCUUCAUCGAGUUCGUCUAGUCUGUGUAAAUUGUCAGUCAUCCAGGUGUCUCGACACAAUUUGACCGUUUUUGUUUGUUGACGACGUUCCGUCGCCACGCCUCCAACUUGCCGAAAUGACUGAGAAUCGACACGGACCGCGUAGCUAGAACCCGCUCGUCGCUGAGUUAGUGAAUUCGACAUUAAAAGGCAGACUUAAGCAAUCCACAACGCGCUCGAGCUGGAUUUACUCAAAUAAGCCCGAAAAUGAAGGCAGCCGACGAGCCUGCCUACCUGACCGUGGGCACCGACGUGAGCGCCAAGUAUCGAGGCGCCUUCUGUGAGGCCAAGAUCAAGAUUGUGAAGCGGCUGGUGAAGGUCAAAGUGACUCUGAAAGGGGAGAACGGCAGCCAGGUGGUCCACGAUGACCAGGUCAAAGGAACCCUCAGGGUGGGCUCCACGGUGGAGGUGAAGACCAGCGAGGGCGUGUGCGGCGAGGCCGUCAUCAGCAAACUGACGGACGCCAGCCUCUACACCGUCGUUUUCGACGACGGAGACGAGAAGACGCUGCGCCGAUCGUCUUUGUGUCUGAAGGGCGAGCGGCACUUUGCGGAGAGCGAGACGCUGGACCAGCUUCCCCUGACCAACCCGGAACACUUCGGCACCCCGGUCAUCGGAAAGAAGUCGAACCGCGGACGUCGGUCCUCGCAGGCCGUGGCGGACGAGGAGAACGAGUCGUCGUCCAGCGAAGACGACGAGGACGACCGUGGGAGGCUGAUCGACGAGCUCCUGGGCAAAGUCUGCAGCAUCAAGCGGGAAGACCAGCCCGCCUCCUGCUUCCUGGCGCUGGUGGUGUCUCCCAGCUGCAAUGACGAGUUGGUGGUGAAGAAGGAUCAGUGUCUGGUCAGGUCCUUCAGCGACUCCAAGUUCUACACGGUGAGCCGGAGGAACGUGCACCCGCUCAACUCCAUCAACAUCAACAAGUCGGAGCUCUCCAACACACGCGGGUUCGAGUCGGCUCAGAGAUUUGCCAGGCGCAGGGAGGUCCCGGAAGCCUGGAAGAUGGACAUGAGUCAAAUCUUGGACUCGUCCUCCAGCGAUGAAGAGGUCGACGACGAGGAGGAGGACGAGGAGGACGAAGAGGAGGAGGAGGAGGAGGAGGAGGAGAAAGAGAGCGAAGAUGACGAUAUGAACGAGGAGGAGAAGCGGAAGAAGCUGAUGAAAGAGGAGCCGGAGGAGGAGCCGGACCCGGAGGAGCGAGAUCACUUCCUGCAGCAGCUCUACAAGUUCAUGGAGGACCGAGGGACGCCCAUCAACAAGCCUCCGGUGUUGGGCUACAAGGACUUGAACCUCUUCAAGCUCUUCCGUCUGGUCUUCCAACAUGGCGGCUGCCGCAAGAUCGAGAGCGGCACGGUGUGGAAGCAGAUCUACAUGGAUUUGGGCAUCCCCAUCCUCAACUCGGCAGCCUCGUACAACGUCAAGACCGCGUACAAGAAGUACCUGUUCGGCUUCGAGGAGUACUGCCGCUCCGCCUGCAUCACCUUCAGGACCGUCCACCACAACAACCCGCGCCCCCCCAAACUGCUGACCAUUCCCAGGAGCGCCGGGGCCGAGUUCGCCUUGGCCGAGGCCAAGGGCCCCCCCGCCGUCUCCGCCGAGUCCGAGAGCGAAAGCGACAAAGACGAGCUGAAGGACAGACUGGCGUCGCCCAGGGGGAGGCGACGGCGCGGAGCGGCGCCGGCCAAGGCGGACGCCCCCGACAAGGGAGGGGACGACGCCGGCAACGUGCGACGCCGAAGCCGGCGGCGCCCGGACGGCUCCGACGAGGACGAGGACGACGAGGAGGAGGAGGAGGAGGAGGAGGAGGAGGAGGACGACGACGACGAGGAUGACGACGAAGACGACGAGUUCGAAGAGCGGGAGCGGCGACUCGGAGCCAGGAGCGAAGACGAGGAGGACAGCGACGCCGUGACGGGGACCAAAGUGAGGGUGAAGUACGGCCGGGGGAAGACGCAAAAGAUCUACGAGGCUCACAUCAAGAAGACGGACACCGACAACGGCGAGCCCUUCUACCUGGUGCACUACUACGGCUGGAACGUCAGGUACGACGAAUGGGUGAAGGGCGACCGCAUCAUCUGGCCGGCCGACAAAGGAACCAGGAAGCGAACCAGGAAGAAGGUGAAGAACAAGGAGGAGGCCGACAGGGAGGAGGACAAGGUCCCGACGGCGACGCCCAAGCUCGCGGGGGCCAAACGAGGGCGCCCCCAGAUCCGGACGCCGCCCGGGCGCAAGCCACCCGGCGGCGAGGGCCGCUCCAACGGCAAGAGUUUUCGCACGGAGACGCCGCCCGACGUGGCCAACGGCGACAACGCGUCACGCAUCAGGAGGACCAGGAGGACGUCCGGGGUGUACGACUCGGACCGGGCCUCAAACGAGGAUUCCGGCAACUCGACAGUUGACAGCGAGUCAGAAGAACCGGCCCACAAGAAGCUGUCGCCGUGGCGAGGGAAGCCCGACGAGGAGGAAGAGGAGAAGUCGUCCGAGGUGAAGGAGGGGGAGACCGGCGAGGCCAUCGUCGCGGCGACCAGUCGCCCCCCCGAGGACGCCGCCCGGGUCGAGGAGUCCCCCGAAGGGACGGAGGAUCCGGCUCCCGAAGCGCGGGACGAGGUCGCGGGCCAACAGGAAGUCGUCGCCAGGACGGAGAAAGCGUCCCCGCCCUCUUCCCCUCAGCCCGACAAGCUGCAGGAGGCGCCCCCUCCCCCGUCAGUAGACCCCAAGACGCCGCCCACUGUCAAAGUCCACAAUUGCGAGUCCCCGCUGAAAAUUUCCAGUCCGCCCGCCGCUCUCAGUCCGGAGCCUCCUCCUCCUCCUCCUCCUCCUCCAAGUGUCCCAAUGAGAGCAGAUGAACCACUGGUGGUCCUCCGCUGCCUCCCGGCACCGCAUCACCGGCCGGAGCCCCCGGUCUCGGCCCCCGCCCCGACUGCCGCCGUGCCCUCGGACACUGACUCGGCCAGCGAGGAGGAGGAAGAAAAACCGGAGCUGAAGCAGGAAGAGGACGCGGCCGCCUCCCCCAAGUCUUCGGCGAGUCCCGCCAAAGCGUUCCUGGAGUCCGCCCCGUCGCCCCCGCGCGGCGACGGGGCGCGAGGACGAGUCGAGGAGGAGGCGGGGGAACGUUCGAAAGGGGAGGUCGGGACGCCCCCGCGGGCCCAGGAGGCCCCGGGCCCCGCCCCCGGCGAGGAGCUGCAAAUGGCCGCCGAGGCGUUACUCUGCCACGAAGUUGACCUGGAUGACCCCGACGACAAGGAAAAGCCCGCCCCUUCCGCCGAGGCGCUCCUCCUCGUCGUCAGGGAGCGCGCGCCCCGGCCCCCGUCGCCCCGCCGCCCCGACGCCGUCUCUUGCCGGGCCCCCUGUCCCGAGGAGCUCCGCUCCGUGGGGGAGGAGGCGGCGGCGGCAGGCGGCGGAGAGAAGGACGACGACGACGACACCCGCUCCCAUCCCGACGUGGACGCGUCGCAGGAGGCUCGAGGUCAGAAGCGGCUGGCGGACUGCGACGCCAGCCACGUCAGCCCCGUCUCCAAAAAACACAAACGAAACCAGAAGCGCGCCGCCGCCGCCGCCAAGAACAGCGCAGCUCACAGCAGCGACAGCGAGGACCAGACGCGUCUUUUGUCUUCGUCCAAGUCCAGCAAGUCCCGCUGUCUUGGUGCCGCGUCGCCGCAAGCCAAAGAAAAACACGGCGGCGCCUACAAGUGGACCUUCCAGCUCGGUACCGGACACGCCCUGGACAGCAUGUCGAGCAGCGAGAGGAUCGCCUUCCUGCAGGACAAGCUGCAGGAGAUCCGCAAGUACUACAUGAGCCUCAAGUCGGAGGUGGCGUCCAUCGACAGGCGCAGGAAGCGCUUAAAAAAGAAGGAGCGCGAAGCGUCCCACACGGCGGCGUCCACCUCGUCGGGCUCUUCGGACACGGCCAUGAGCCCGUCGUCGGCGUCGCCCGCUCAGAGCGCCGUGGCCGUGGAGUGCAGGUGAUGGCGCGCAGAACGGGGCUGACUUCCGAGCACUUGGGUCUCCUCCCGCCAUCCUCCUUCCCGUCUGUCUUUUCUCACUUCCUGGUCAUCUUGCCUCCGCGUUCGCUCGUCCCAACGCUUCUCGGGGGCCGGGGGGAGGAGUCAAAGCGGCUGCUUAUGCAAAAGGUCGACACAAAUAUUUGAAGUAAAAAGAAAAAAAAGGGUUUGUUUUUUUUUUUUUAACUUUUCUAUGACAGAAGCUAUUUUGGUAAGAAAAACAAGUUGACCAAUAAUUACAAGAUGUUUUCUUUUGUGUUGUAUUGCGGUGAGGAAAUGUAUUGAAAAGAAAAAAGUACUUUGGAAGUUUUAUUUCCAACAGGUUCCUCACUUCAAGACGACGUCGUGAGACAUUUUGUGGCCCGCUCGCUUCCUCCCGUUUCCCGUUUGGCUCAUGAACUUUUGUGUAAAUAAGAUGUGGGCGAAAAUGUAAAGAAUGAUUUCUAAUAUUUUUACGAGAAAAGACUUUGUACGCCUCUGUCAGGCGGCAGCGGUUUCCAAUAAAGUUUUUGGAUAUUA